AUGACACACGGCGAUGCUACACUCCCUGGGUUACCUGCGGAGCUCGUCCAGGACAUCGCUAUCCACCUGCCCUGCUCUUCAAUCUUGAGCCUCAGCCUUACUUCGAAACGACUUUUUGCGAAAUGCUACAAUCGUCAUGUGUUCAAGCGUAAGGCUGCCAACGCUAUUUACUACGAAAAGUACCACGAUAUGGCAUCGCUAGAUCUCGAUGCUGUCGAAGUUGAAAAUUGGGAACUUCAGACGUGCGACUCCGAGGCGAGCGAAGAAGGCAGUGAAGAUGAAGAGUGGUGGACAGAGUUUCAAGAGGACAUUUCUCCAGAAGACGAUUGGGACUACGCAGACUACGUGACCGAGGAGCAGUAUAGACUAGAGAAAGCACACGAACAGCGUAUUGCGACAUGGCCUGAUCGUACAGUCUUCGACAGCUUAUCUGCUGGUGACAGCGCUCGUGUAGCCUUUGCCGUGGAGAAAGCGCAGCAAUGGUUCAACGUGCCCAUGGAUCAACAACCAAAAAAUCGAUCAUGUGACUGGAGGAAAGGAGUCUUCGCUUUCUGGCUGCCUCAUCUGUUCACAAUCAGACACCCAUCAGUCUUUGCCCUGAAGCCUGAGCAUCUUCAUUUUUUGCUUUGCGAACCCACCGAAAAUGAGAAUCCUGAGUGUAUCAAGAAUUCUUGUCUGAUCGAGUAUCUCAAUUCGGCAUAUUGCAUGGUAAUGCUUAUGUUAUCCCGAGUUGAGAAAAUGGCUCUAGUACCAGAGGAAUUGCGGUAUGCACUAGCCACCGAACCUUUUUUAGGUAGCGGUUGCUUCCGACUCGAUUUCCCGGACGUACUAAUGGACAUGACGUGGGUUAUGACUCCAAAUAAAGUGCGUUUGGAUUUCGAAGACAGGUAUACCACAAUCCUGUAUAUGGUUUUCAAAAUUUUCACAGCACGGAGCCCUCGCGAUGUUCCUCUGCCAUUAGUCGACCGAUUGCCACUAAGCACACUCAUAAAGAACCCGAUACCCUUUCGAACACCAGGAGUUGAGAUGCACGACAUCCGAAUGACACCUCAGGAAACCAUAAACUUCCUUGACGGCAUCUGGGUAGGCUGGUAUGCUACCCAGGUCAACGAAUCCAUUACCGCGAAGCUCUCAAGAACGCAAAGCAUACUCAUUACUGCUCGAGAGGCUAUUCCCAGUGACCCACCAGAUUGCAUAGCAAUCAUAAAGGGUCAACACAAUUCGGACAGUUUUGCAACGUCUCAAUUCCAUGGGAUCGUGAAUAAACAAGGGGACGUUAGCAUCUCCUAUGAGUAUGCGACAGAGCGAAGUCUGUGGCCACAUCAUGAUAUGCGUAGAGUGGGGAGGGAGGACCGGUGUUAUGGAUAUAUUACACCAUUCGGCAUUGUUGGAUGGCUUGAUCCUGCUGAUAGGGUUGAGCACUGUUUUCGGGAAAUGAGUGACAUAUUCUGGAUGUAUAGAAAAGAGUGGAGCUAUCGUGAAGAGUAA